AAUCAGUGGUAUGUUUGUUUUCAUAAUGAGAAGAUAAAUUAAAACACGAUAGAGGCAAACGCGUGCUUGUAAGCUUUGCAUUUAUUCAUAUCAGUCAAAUUUAAUCUUCACUUCGGUAUAACGAUCCGAUAUAAGCGGCUUUGGAAAGUAUACGAAUAUGGACAAAAGGGCCAGGAACUUAAAGCCAGGGGAGCCAGGUCCAAGAUUGUAUGAAGAAAGAACACAGUUCCCAAAUGUCAUCGAUUUAAAUGUUGACGGUCGAUAUGUAACAACAAAAUUGUCCACACUGACCAAAUACCCUAGAAAAAUGUUGGCUUCAAUGUUUAGCGGACGUCAAGAGAUUGACAAAGACAAGGAUGGAAGAUACGUGAUCGACUGCGAUAGUAAGAUAUUUGGUCAUAUUCUGGAGUUCCUUAGAUUCGAAAGUCUGCCAUAUGGCAACGUGGUUGACGCGGUUCUUGAGUAUUUGGAAUUCUUCGGAUUACGAGCUGUCAGAUAAAAUACGUAAACCACGUGCCGAUGAUGACCAAUCUACUGGUGUGAACUGGUAGUUACCUGGAACCGGUACCCAGUAAAAUGUAUGACCGAAUAUACUGAAAAUAUGAAAUCUUAACAACUUUUUUCAAGUAAUGUUAUAUACCAGUCGUGAUAUUGUAAUCAAUAUAAACUAAUAAUAGU